UCACCACAUAUUACGGGAGAACUGUGAGAGAAACACACCCCUCGAAACAUACUCAGAACUCGCGUGCUAGUCGUACAAAGCAGAAGUCAUCAUGAAAUAUAUUUUGUUAGAAUUAAAUACAUAUUUGUAAAUUAUUUUAUUCCCUAAAAUACUAAAAGAUUGGUCAACCCAGAACGGUGAAGAAUACAUUGUUAAAAUUAUUAAUUUUUAAUAUUGAAGAACAGUGAUUUACUCUGCGUGAAAUCGUGACUUUCUUGUGCGUUAUAUUUUACAUAAAAUUGUAGCGAAUAUAUUAAAAUAUUCAGUGCAAUGGAUAUACCAUUAUCGAUGUUAUUGCUGCUCAGCCUUGUAUUUACCGUCAUAGGAGCUGUUUUAGUCCUAUUGUUGCAAUAUUACCUUUAUUUACGAUUUUCUGUACUUCCUGAAGAGAGUGCGGAACAAAAGGAUAUUAACACCAAAUACUCGUUGCCAACGACAAUACAGCAAACUGCACAUGCCAUAAAUUUGUCGCCGCCUACAUCGUCGGUGGCUGGACAUACGCAUACUGUAGGUGCUACUGAAGCAGCGCCGUUAAUGUCAAUUAACUUUGUGAUGCAAUUCCUCUUUCAUGAACUGAAAAACUCGAGUCGCGUGCGAAAAUGGUUCUACCGCAAAUUGUCAUUGGAACUGGAUGAACUGUUGGCAAAGACUACAACCGGGAAAUUGUUUGAUAAGUUGACGAUAAAAGAACUGGAACUUGGCGAUCAGUUUCCUGAGAUCAGAACAUUACGCGUACAUAGUAUUGAACUAAACGACACCGGUGAUCGUAUUGAGAAUCUGGACAUUUUACUAGAAAUUCAUUAUACUGGAAAUUUUCGAACAUCCAUCGAUGCCGAUAUGGUGCUAGGUAAAAAGGGAUCCCUCACCUUAAUAGUAAAACAAUUGUCUGGCUUGGCGCGGCUGCAAUUCACCCGUGAGCCUUACACCCACUGGUCGCUGAGUUUUCUGGGUGAUCCUGAACUUGAUUUGGCGAUUGAAUCCAAAUAUCAAGGUCGUCAAAUGCAAUCCAAUAUAACCAGUCUCAUUUCAAACCAAAUACGGAAAGCAGUGCGCCGCAAGCACACGCUACCCAAUUAUAAGCUACGUUAUAAGCCAUUCUUCCACAAAACACCAGAAGAAGAUGCUGACGGAGACAUACAACCAAAUGGCACAUUAGAAGUUAGAAUGUCCGAAAUAUCGCGACUCAUGUGUCCUGAAGUUGUAACAGAGGUUUACUGUACACUGACUCUAGCCUCACUCGCAUUUGUCGAGAUACGCCAGAAGGAUAAUCGCAAUGUGAUUGUUUUGAUUGAUGUAGAGAUACACAAGGCAAAAAAUCAACAGAUCGGCAUACUUUUUAAGCAGAUUACUGAGCAAGGCGUGGAAGUUGAAGCGGUUUUGCCUAAUACUCCCGCAUGUAAAUCCGACCUACGGCCCGGGGAUAUAUUAAUUGCAGUUGAGGGCAAACGGGUACAAUCUAUCCAGCAAGUGGCGAAGUUAUUCAAAAGUUUGCAAACUUCAGCUUAUCGCUUACGUAUCGAACGGGUUAUACCCGGUAUCAUAAGAAAUGAUGCAAUUUUGGAGGAUCUGGAGUUAUAUGAGGAUUUAGGAGAUGCACAUAUGGGCUAUGGGUUGGGUAAGGCUUCAACUGAGUCCAAUGAAUUUGGCGGAAAACAAGUACCUGCACGCCAAAACACAGGGGAAAAAGGCUCUUCCAGCGAGUCUAGCCUUGGUAAUACCCCAACAAAUUCACCAAAGAAAAGUAAACUCAUUACGAAGGCUUUGAAGAAGACUAUUAGUCGUGAACUUAGUGAGCAUAACAAAGAUAAAGAAGAUGAUAAUAAACUAAAAAGCAAGCAAACAUUAAAAGCCGAGGAAAAGAUGAAGGGAUCACCUAAAGUUUUGAUUGAUACCGUUGGCCAAGUAGAGCAUUAUUAUCAGCACUCAACUGUGGAUCGCAGUAUAAAUCGUCUCAUACAUAUGGAUGAUUUAAGCAGCUUCAAGUUGGAUGUAAAGUCCCGUUAUCUGAAUGUUGGCGUGUAUUCUAAAAGUACCGGCGACGGUUUAUUGUUGGGCUUUGUAAACAUACCAGUGGGUCAGAUCUUGGCUGAGUGCUGCGAAACAAGUUUGGUGCAAUGCUGGAAAAAAUAUGAACUUAGUCCACCAAUACCUCAGGAUUUGAAAACACAUAAGCUUUGCAGCCAAUCAGGCUUUAUACCUGAUUUGUGUUUUGGAGAUGUGCUCUUUGCCUUUACCUGGGAUGGUAACCCAAAUCUACAACCUAGCGAGUCACUAAUCAAACAAGUUUCUAAGUCCAAGAGCAAAAUUAACUUAGCUGAUGAAAAAAUGGAUAACGAUAGCGGAGUAUUUGAUACAAAUUCGUUACGGACCACGCCAAGUUCCAGCUCACUCACGUCGACUAAUCAAAUAACUUCGAGUCAGUUGCGUUCGCACAGUUUUGUGCGCACCCAUUUCCAACGUGCUACCCAGUGCGAUUUCUGUGGCAAAAAAAUAUGGCUGAAAGAUGCCGUGCAAUGUAGCGAGUGUGCUAUGUGCUGCCACAAGAAGUGUAUAACGAAAUGUCAAAAUGCCACAGUUUGUGGUCCGGUUGAUUGCUCCAAUGUGCUACGACAACGGCAGCCGUCCAUCACAAGCACCACUCCAGAGUUCACUGUUACCGAUGCAGACGCAUGCGACGCUUCUGAAGGAGAAGAGGCCAUGCCAUCGCUAUCUGGCGAAGAGUCGGCGGAAACAGUGGCCACUAAAACGCCACCGACGCCUGUCCUCGAGGUUCAUCGUUCAAGUCUGACAGGACUAUUAGCACAAGGAAUAAAGCGUGUAAAUUCGGCUAAUAAUCUUGCUAUACCUGGCAUUGUGUCCUCAUUAGCUGGUAGCGGUGGUGGUGCAUCUAAUUUGGCUGCGAAAAGCUUACCUCCCAGUCCACAGAGAUCGCCAUCCCGUAAAUCCUCGCUGGUUUGUAGUUCUUUUACUACAUUCGAUUCAGUCACAAGACGUUUGGAAGCCAUACCGUCAGACGUAACAGCUCUGAGCAUUGACCAGAUUAGUUCUAUUAGUGAGCCAAUAAUCGCCGUUUUAAAAGAUGAGGACGUUAUGACAUUAGCUAAAAAUGCCAGCAAGAAUCUUUACAAUGAAAUGCCUGCCGCUGAACGCAUUGAACAAAUCAACUCGUUGCUUAGUAAACUUCGAUUGGCUUUAGACAGCGAAACGGCUCUUUAUUCAAGCUUGGCAUCCGGCGAUACAUCGAAGAUGGACAACAUUGACACAAGCAGUACAACACUGGGAAAAUCAGAAGACCGCGUCCAAGCACUCAGCGUUAUUAUGUUGUAUCUGUGUACUGGUCUGCAGCAUGCCCAGGGUUUUGAACUACGUUAAAUCGAAUAAAAAUUUGAUACAACAACAAAAUGUUAGAAUAAAUCUAGAAAAUUUUAAAAUUUUUGAGAAUACAUGAAAAUAUUGAUCUGAAGGCUGAAGUAUAAAUAGUGGAAUUUUAAUGUAGCGUAAAAUUAUAAUACUCCCCAUUAGGUUUUCUUGUCAGUUCAAAAUAGCAAAAUAUUUGAAUAUGUACCAGUGAACAAUUAAGCCGGUACAAUAAGAUGCUUCUAUCUUAAUAUCACAUAUUUGGAUAUAUAAUCCUGAUUGGAAGGCAUUUUUUAUGUGUAAAAGUUUU